AUGAUGUGUAGUGGGAUCGGCAAGACGGUCACCCUUGCCAAACCUUUGGACUCGCUGCCACAGAUGCUGAGCCUGCGCUUGGUGCCGGAUAACCGUAGAUGCACCUCCGUGAUGGGCCCACUGGUGACGAGCCAGAGGUGGUCUGGGAGCUUAGCUUUGCUGGAGGACAUGUUCGAGGCAAGCAUUUUGCCGGAUGUGCAGUGCUGGAAUGUGGCUGCAGUGAGGGGGUCUCACUCAAACUGGCCACGUGCGCUGUCGUCCGUUCUGCGGAUGGAGCAGCUGGAGGUGGUGCCAGAUGUUGUGACUUUCAGCACGGCCAUGGGCGCGACUUUUGGGUCGGAAUGGGGCUGGGGCCUCAUGCUGCUCCGGCACAGCGAAGACCGCGGCGUACAAAGAGAUUGCAUAAGUUACAACGUGGCGAUGAGCCGUUGUGCCGAUGCUGGCGAAUCUUGCUGGACUUCUUCCUUGCACAUUCUCUCCGCCCAGGGCGACUCCGGGACUGGACCGGAUGCCACCAGCAUCCGAACUCUACUUUAUGCUUUGGAGCAAGCAAAAGCCUGGCAGCAAACCGCAGCUCUUCUCGACUGCCUGGACAGCUUUGGAAUCGUUCCAGGCACGCUGCACAGUACGUUUGGAAUCGCAGCACUUCGGCGAGCCGAAAAAUGGGAAGCAGUUGUGGACAACUUGUUGGCCAUGCCAGCCAGGAGGACAACGCCAAACGCUGCUUGCUACCACGAGGUAGCAGCCGGUUGCCACAAACAUUGGGAGUUCGGCAUCGCGCUUGUCAGCUUGUCUGCGGGCAUCCUGCGCCGCAGCUUGCCUCUCGUCACCUCUGCUCUUCAGCUCCAGGCUGAACAGGCAUGGCACCGGGCGCUGAACAUGCUAGGUCUGGUUCGUCAAGCGGGCAUGAUCCCGGAUGCUGUUGCGAUUACUUCAUUCGGCCGAGCCGGUCGUUGGCGAAGUACUCUCAGGAUUUUGUCUGCAGCGCAGCAUGCCGACAUUGAGACGGACCUGAUUGCUUACAAUGUAGUGGCAGCAGGCAUUGCCGCUGAAAGCGUCUGGCGAGAAGCGGCAGUUUCCAUGUGCCAGGCAAUCGCGAAGUCAGUGCGGCCAGAUGCUGCCAGCGUAAACAUCCAGCUUAGUUCCGGAAAGUGGAGUUGGGCCCUGGACUUGUUGCAACGACAAGUGGCGGCCCGAUUGAGAAGAACAACCAUGCAUUUCAACACGGCCGUCAGUGCUUGCGAGAAGCAGGGCGACUGGGCACGUUCGCUGCAAGUGUUUACUUGCAUGCAGCAAAGCGGAGGAGAGCCCAAUGCUGUAACCUUCGGAGGGAAGAUAUGUGCCGACGCAGAGCAGUCCUGGCCAGCAGCGCUGCAUGGUCUACAUGCGAUGAGUCAUGACCUUCUCAUUCUGCCCAGCGCCAUCCACUACGGUGCCCUGUUGGGUGCAGCUGUGCACAACGAAGUCUGGGAAGCAGCAUUGCAAUGCUUUUCAUGGAUGUACAAGGCGCAGCUGCCACCGUCAGACAAAUGCAUCGACCUGGUAAUCGUUGCAUGCGAGAAUGCUGGACAGAAGGGCCAUGCACUCAUGGCACUGUGGCAGUCGGAGGAAAGCAGCAUGCGUACAGCUUCCACGGCCACUUUCUGCCUGGCCUUGGCGCGACUCUCUGUGCGCGAGCCAGCAAUUCUGCAUGCCGCCUUUGGCAGCAUGCUGGCUGAGCUGGAUCAUCAUGAUGCAGAGGACUUGGCAGCACUGUGGUGGUCCUUUGCCAUGCUGGGAGCCUGGAGCCCGAAGGUCAUGCAGGCUGUCCGUACCAAGUUGAUGGCCAGUGAGCUGUCGCUGUCCCUGCCAAACUUGUCCGUGAUCGCCUGGGCCUGUGCAAGCUCCGUACCAGAUGCGGUCACCCUCCUGUGGGUGCAGACGGAAGCCAGGGAAUGCUGGUGGCGUGAACAAGAUCUCCCGUGGCACCGGGGAGACUCCACUCAACAGCUGCUGACGAUCACGUGGGCUUGCAGCUUUGCUAAGUCCCUGACUGCCGCCUUUCGGCACUUUGUAGAGCAGAAUGCGCUGACCGUCGGCCGCAGCCUGGAUGCGGAUGCGAAAGCCGCCGACCUCGCUUCUUGUGGCGACGCGCCGGCGGCCCCGCAGUUGGAG